AUGUUUGCGCUCGUAUUGCGAGCAGGAUCGUCCGGCGGCGCUCGCCGGGUGUCGAGUGACACGGACUUGCAGGAGGUGUCGGAGACGCUCGCUAUAGUGUCACUCGUUAAGGCGUUCAGAGACAGAGGUCACUACGUCGCACAGCUAGACCCCUUGGGGCGGCACCUAGGUCCCCUCAAGGACAACGCUCAGCCGCCCGCAGCUGCUGCUGCUGCAGCAGCUGCCGAUUCCUCCUCCUUCACUAAACCAGGCAGCAAGGGCAAGGCGUGGGCGCUAGCUGGGGUGAGCAGGACAUCGCAGACUGCAGGUGCUGGUAGGAAGGGAAGCAGUGCUGCUGGCAGCAGUGCCGUCUCGGCUCUGCCCGAGCCUGAGAACGCGCCGGACCUGUUUCGCUUGCUUCGGAACUACCCGGAGCUGGACCUGGGCGCGGUUGGUCUGGCAGGCAUCGAUGUGAAAAAGAGGUACUUUCUAGGAGAGCAGCUGAGGAUCGUGCGGGCGGCGCAGUUGUUCUGGACGGUGGAGGAGGUGGUGGGGCUGCUUUCAGCCCCUUUUCUUUGCCUUGCUCCACCAAUUAUCCUACUCCCUCGCAACGCACACCUGGCAGGUACUUCCUGGGAGAGCAGCGGCGCAUCGUGUGGGCGGUACUUUCUGGGGGAGCAGCUGCGCAUCGUGAGGGCAGCACAGCUGUUCUGGACGGUGGAGGAGGUGGUGGGGCUGCUGCGCAACGCGUACUGCCGCACGAGCACAGUGGAGUGCGCACACCUGGCCAGCAGGCAGCAGAAGCGGUGGGUGCAGGCCGCCAUGGAACGGCCCCCCCUGCGCCAGCUCUUCUCACCAACCCAGCAGCGCCACCUGCUGCACCGCCUGCUGUACGCCGAUGCCUUUGAGCGCUUUCUCGCGCGCAAGUUCCCAUCGGUGAAGCGGUUUGGCAUCGAGGGCGGGGAGGCGCUGGUGCCGGGGCUGCUGGCUCUGCUGGGGCGGGCGGCUGGCAGCGGCGUUAAGUUUGUCGAGCUGGGCAUGGCGCACAGGUGGGUGGGGUGGGGCGCACAGGUGGGUGGUGGGGUGCACAAGUGGGCAUGGCGCAUAGGUGGGUGGUGGGGUGCACAAGUGGGCAUGGCGCAUAGGUGGGUGGUGGGGUGCACAAGUGGGCAUGGCGCAUACGUGGGUGGUGGGGUGCACAAGUGGGCAUGGCGCAUAGGUGGGUGGUGGGGUGCACAAGUGGGCAUGGCGCAUACGUGGGUGGUGGGGUGCACAAGUGGGCAUGGCGCAUAG